AUGUUCUACGCUAUGGGACAUUUCAGCAAGUUCUUCAAAAAGAAUGCUGUUCGUGUGAGCACCACGGUCACUGGAUCACGUAGCGUUCUCGCUACAGCUGUCGUCUACAAAGGUCGACGGACUGUAGCGCUAAUUAACAGAUCAACUUCACCCAACAGCAUAACGCUCAAUGACGCUACAACAAGCCAUCAUAUCCACUUUACCGUUGAGCCACACUCAAUUGUCACGGUAUUGUGGGAUAAACAGUGA